UUCACAAGAUAGCGAAAAAAUAGCCUGCUCAACAAUUUUCGCAGCACAUCCUCGCAUAUAUAUGCACAUCCCACUCGCUAGUGCCCGCCUCCAUUACUAAGCUUCUCUUUUCCCCUCCUGACUUUUUCAUCUAUUAUUUGUAGCUUCGAGAGAAUUUCCUAGCAAUGCGUCCUCUUGUCUUCGCCCUCCUGCUUGUCGCGCAGCAGAGUCUUGUGGGCACUGCGCAUGCCGCCUGCACGCUCGACAAAGUCGAAACAAUAACAACGCCGGGUUUCACAAUCGAUACCAAGGACGACCACCAGGUGGUUGAGGACACCAUCAACAAGAUAAAGUACGGACUGUUCUGCGAGAACCAGCCGUCAAACGUCGACGGCAUUGACAGGUGGUUCAAGAUCCCAGUCAAAAGUGUGGGAAUCCGCACCCCCAUUGGGUCGGGCUUCCUCGAGGCCCUGGGAAAGACCUCCACGCUGAAGGCUGCGGCAUCGCCAUCCAGCCUGACAAACCCAUGCAUCGCAAAUGUGGGCUCCCUGACUGACCUGACGUCGACCAGCGCGACCGACGCCAAGCUGGAUGUGGUGUUUUCGAAUAAGGAGGAGGAUACCGACGGGAAAUUGUCGGUGCGGGUGCCGUCAGAUGACUCGCUGACGCCGCUGCAGCUGGCCGAGUGGGUGGUGUUCGUCGGCGCGUUUUUCAACGAGGCAAAAAACGCCGCAGCGCUGUUCAAGCAAAUCAAGAGUGCAUACGAAUGCCAUACCGGAAACAUGAAGCACCUGAAGAACCCACCCCAUGCGUACUGGGUGCAGUACCAGAAGACCGGCGACGAGAAGCACUACCAAUUUUUGACCAAUGCGUACGAGAAGAACAUGCUGGCGGAUGCCGGUGCCACGAACAACACCAAGGAGGCGCCGUCUCCCGAUACCGACAUAGACAAGUUCCAGAGCGCCGUCGAAGACGCUGAGGCCGUCUUUGAUCAGACAGAGCUGACCAAGGAUGGAAAGAAGAUCUCGGAAUGGCUGGAGAACUUUGGAUAUAAGGAUGCGCCCAACUCCAAGGCUGCAUUCUUGAAGCAGCGCGAAAUCUACCGCAAGGACGGAUACAGGAACAAGAACGGCAACAGCAACUUCCCUGAAUUCGCUCUGGUCCGGCCUGACCUCGUGCUGCAGGACUUUAUCAGCAUUCUGGAGCCCGAGUACAACAAAAGCUACACGGCUACCUGGCUGUGGAAGCUCGGCAGCACCACAGAGUCCACCACGAUCAUUGGGCCCGACAACUACGACUGCAAAGCCCCUUGGAUGGCCACAGUCCCAACGUGCUCGCCACGUACUGACUUCACUGGCGAGACUGACAACAAGUCCAAGGGCAGUGGGAAGGACAGCGAAAAGGACAGCACCAGCGAGGGUAACGACAAGGAGAAGAAGUCAGGCAGCGGCCGGACCGGCAAGAUCGUCGGCGGCAUCAUCGGCGCCAUCGUUCUGAUUGCCCUGGGCUUCGUGGCUAUGCACUACUACAACCGCCACCGCCAGCAGACGCGCCUCCGGGGCCUGUCGGCCGGCGGCUACGGCGAGAGCAUUGGCCUGCAAAACGCCAGCAGCUACAAUCGCGUUUAAUUUAAUAUUUUGUGCGUAAUUUAAUACAGAGCUUGUUCUAAGG